AAGAGUUUUCACCGCUUGAAUGUUCCUGAACAAAUAAAAAGUCACCCCCUCCAUCAAACUCCAAACUAUAAAACCAAACACACUACUAACUAACCAACCCCAUCACCCCCCACCCCCCAAUGGAAACCCCUACAACCCUCCUCCUCCUCUUCCUCUCUCUCCUCCUCACACUCACCUUCCUCCUCAAGCGCAAGCACUCCACCACCUGCUACAUGCUCAACUACGAGUGCUACAAACCCUCCGACCACCUCAAACUCGACACCGAGGCCUCGUGCCGCGUCGUCCUCCGCAACACGAACCUCGGGUGGGAGCAAUACAAGUUCCUCCUCAAGACCAUCGUCAGCUCCGGCCUCGGCGAGGAGACCCACAGCCCCGCCAACGUCGUCGCCGGCCGAGAAGCCGACCCGUCCCUCCCCGACUCCCUCCAAGAGCUCGACCACAUCUUCUUCCAAACCCUAGACAACCUCUUCGCCAAAUCCCGAGUCUCGCCGCGGGAGAUCGACAUCCUCGUCGUCAACGUCUCGCUGCUCUCGCCGGCUCCCUCUCUAUCGUCUCGAAUCAUCAACCGCUACGGAAUGCGCUCCGACGUCAAGGCCUUCAACCUCUCCGGCAUGGGCUGCAGCGCCAGCCUCGUCGCCGUCGACCUCGUCCGUCAGCUCUUCAAGACGUAUCGGAAUAGGCUCGCCGUCGUCGUCAGCACCGAGUCCCUCGGCCCCAACUGGUAUCGCGGCGUCGACAAAUCCAUGAUGCUGUCGAACUGCCUAUUCCGGUCGGGCGGCUGCUCGAUGCUUCUGACGAACCGGCCGGAAUUCCGACACCGAGCCAUCUUGAAACUCAACCAUUUGGUAAGGACGCAUUUCGGAUCCAACGACGAAGCCUACAACUGCUGCAUACAGGUUGAAGAUGAUCAAGGCUACGCCGGCUUUCGGCUCACGAAGAAGCUCACCAAAGCAGCGGCGCAGGUGUUUGUGAUUAAUCUCAGAGUUCUGCUGCCGAAGAUCUUGCCGCCGUGGGAGAUUAUCAGAUUCAUUUUUGUCUAUCUCCGGUGGGGUAAGAGGAAGAACAAGCUCAUGGAAGCCCUCGCCGGCGGCGGCCUCAAUCUCAAGUCCGGCGUUGAUCAUUUCUGCAUACACCCUGGGGGAAGGGCUGUGAUCGACGGGGUCGGGGAGAGCCUCGGGCUGAGCGAGUACGACCUCGAGCCGGCUCGGAUGGCGCUCCACCGCUUCGGCAACACCUCGGCGGGCGGGCUUUGGUACGUGCUGGGUUACAUGGAGGCGAAGAAGCGGCUGAGGAAGGGCGAUCGGAUCAUGAUGAUCAGCUUCGGAGCUGGCUUCAAGUGCAACAACUGUUUGUGGGAAGUCCUCAGAGACUUGGGCGAUGCGAAUGUGUGGGAAGAUUGCAUCCAUCGAUACCCGCCGCCGAGCCUCGCCAACCCUUUCACCGAGAAAUACGGAUGGAUCAACGAUGAGCGUCUCAGCUUCGUUCGGAUUGAGGAUUGUGUGUUCUCGAGCAACGAUUGAAUGAUUUAAGCAAGUGUUUUGGUUGAGAUAUCAUAUCAUAUGUAUUUGAUUAGAGGUUGCUAAUUAAGUAAAGUGAAAUGCAUGUGUGUUGUUCAAAUGUAGUAAAAAAUAAAUGAUUGAGUUAUACUUUUUUUUUUUGAUGAAAUGAAAAAUUAAUUUUAAA